CAGUCACAUUCAAAGGUAGACCGUCAUCGUUGCAGUUCGUCUCGUAAACGGUAAAAAACCGUGUCGUGAAUUAUAGUUUUCUGUUUUUAUUCAUAUUCAUAAUUUCACAAAGUCGACCGUUAUAGAUUUGUGUCACGAACGGUCUGCUCAUCUGCACGCCAAUGCCGUAUAAGUUAACAAUUCACAGGUGAGGUACUUUAAACAAGGUCAUUUUAUGAAAUUUGUAUUAAUACUCGAGAUAAUGAGGAAAAACUGGUUCUAAAAAUUUGAUUACCAUUGGCAACUGUUUAUUUAUAAUUUUUUAUUUUCAAGUUUUUAUUAUUCUAAUCUUUUAAUCUUUUUUAAACAAUUGUUGAGACUAUAGAAUUAUAGACACCAAUUGACCACGUCUACCCCAAAUUCUGCCCACAUUUCAUGGUUCAUUACCCCUCAUCUCUUUUAAGUAUAAAAGGUAACUUAAAGAUGUAUAUUUUAAGUUACGAAUAAAGAGGUAAAUAAAUAAAAAAGGUAUAGUAACUAAGUUUUAAGUAACUAAAAAAUUUCUCGAGAUUUUUUUAAUUUUACGAGUACAAAUAGACGACAGAGGCGAAGGUCAGAAGUUAAAAUCUUUUAAAAGCACAUCCUAGACACGGAUGAUAGGUUGACCUAACCUUAUGUACACACAUUUCAAUGCUUUUACUUUGUAAGUGUAUCUGGUAAAUCUGGUAGUUAUCGCGAAAAUAUGAAAUUUGAGCAAAAAAUUGUUUGUUUAAAAAUUGAAACCCUCGAAAGGCACAUUCUUGAUAUAUUUCACAUUAACCGUAUUAUAAGGUGUACUAAAAUGUUAUCCUUAUGUUAAUAAUUCUGUUAAUAUUCAUUUUUUUUUUUUACAUUUUAUUUUUUCUACCAGGUUGUUUGCGAGGAGUAACAUUUUUAUGUAGAAAAAAAUACAAUUUUUAUUUCCCUUAAUUAUUGAAAAAAAAUAAAUUUAUUUUACCACUUUUCAAAAUUUACAAAAACAGCCAUUUCGUAAAAGAUAUUAUUCUAAAAAUUUUAAUCUAUUAUGCAUGCAUAUUCGAUAAAUAUUUUCUAUAAAUUAAAACCACUAUAACUAAGUAACUUGAUACGUUCAUAAACGUUCGCGCUAAAUUUUGGACUUCGAAUACGAAAAUUCAAUUGAAUUUUUCUACUGUCGCACUUCUGAUUUCUAUUGACGCGAAAUAACAAUUCUUUAUCUGUAUUAAGCUGGGUAAUAUAGCUAAUAAAAUAAUAUAAAUUGUAAUAAUAUUAUUCAAUGUACCCACCUAUAUAAUGGCACCUAUAUUAUUACCUAAUUUGUGAAAAAAAUCCGGUUUAUCUCGUUUACGGUGAAGGCGGUGCAAAGGUAAACGAAACGCAUAACAUGCGUCAGUUCGUCCGCGAUUUUUGUUUAUAAUUCAUUCAUAGUAUAAUUUCGGAACGUAAAAUGUAUCAUUAGGUUAUUAUACAAGGUAGGUAGGUCUAUACCGUGUUAAAAUGUUCAUAUUUUGUAUACGAAUCGAAUAAAAUGCUAAAAGAAUCGUAUAAUAUCGCGCAAUAACACCCGGGGAUAUUCUGAUACACAAUAUAAUAUUUUAGGUACAUAUACACAGUGGCGUAUACAAGAAUUAAUUUCGGGGGGUUAUAAAGAAAGGCUUUUGGGUUUUAGUUAAUACAUGGAUCAAAUAGAUUCAUAAUUACUCACUUACCAAUCAAACAUUACGAGGGUGGGGGGGGGUUGAACCCACAAAACCCUUCCUAUAUACGCCACUGCCUAUACAAAUCUAUUUCGUUCGGGAACUCUGCAACAAUAUCGUUCAAAUAUUAAUCAAAUAUUUUUUUUUUCGAUACUAAUAUUAUUCGGGUCAAAGUCACUAUAAUAUUAUUAUAAUUAUAAUAUACUUGGUCAUAAUAACGUAGGUAGUUAUAACGCGUAGUCCACGACGAGCGGCCCAAGUCGGCCGGCGGUUGAAAGAACGUAAUUAUUGUGAAGUUCUCUUACAAAGUGAUUAAAAUAAUUUGCGAUAACAUAAAGGCCGACAGUUCAAAAUUCGUACGAUACCGAUCGAUCGUAAUUUGUUUUUAUCUUUUAGGAAAUCGAUAUCGAGCGUUUAAGUAAUCCGAUUUUUACACGAGUAAUUUAUAUGGUUAUUGAAGCGGAAAGUGUCCCGAAUAAAUCGACAAAAGCGCGGCGACAGGGUGACGAAAUGACCGACGUACAACAUCAGGUAUAAAGGCGUCUUCGGACCACGUGCAUAGGUACAAACGCCGGCCACAUACCUAUUGUUAGUUAUAUUCCGUAAACGACAGAACGUGACCGGCUAACGUAAAGAUGGUAAGUGAUUUUUUUUUUUAUCGUUAUCGGUUCUAAUAAUAUGUAACAGCAGCGAAUCAUUUAUUUCGUAUCUUUCGUUGUUUUUAUUCGGAGUUUUAAGUGUAAUUUUUUUUUAAGAUAAUACCGUAGGAGAAGUGAUUAAUAUUGUGUAUAUUUUUUUUUGUAGGCAUUGUAGUACCCAUUUUAUUAUUUGUUGUACAAACCGGCCAUUUUUAUAAUGCCAUGGGUAUUUCGCAGUCAUGGGCGCCCGCAUGAAGUUUAUCAAGGAGGGACAAUUUCUUAGUAAAGUUUCGAAUGACCGUUUUUUUUCUUUACGUUUACACAAAAAAAUUAUAUACACAUUAUAUAAAUUAUCUAAUUAUUGAAAUUAUAUUUUGAAGUCCAGGGAGGGCAGAUAUCCCGUCUUGUCUCUCCCCUUUGGGCACCUGUGGUUUCAAGGUCGAUGAAAUACGAUUGUUAUGAAGACGUGUACUCGCAUGUGUUGUCUCCAUUAUCCCGACUCCAACGUAACUAUAUUUGUAAGAUCAGUAAGGAAAAAUUUGUGAUGUUAGUUUUUUAUAUAUUUGAUCAAUUAUCAAACUUAUCGAUGAAGUCCACUAUUUGUGGAAAAGGAUAGGUUUUAUUUUUAAUAUUUCAAUUUAUAAGGGCUACAUGAAUAAAUGAAAUAUCACAAUGUAAAAUGCUUAUAUUUUGCUUUAAAAUACCGUUAAAAAAAAAACCGUGAUGUAGGUUAACAAGCGACAUGCUUAUCUUUAAAUUUUAUAACUGGUAAAAACUCUUAAAAUAUUAAAACUAACAGCACAAAAUUGUCCCUGAUAUUUCACUACGUUGCCGUACGCUUUUAAUACGGAGACAACGCAUCCUUUUAAGUAUGGGUCUUAGAGUUUAGAAUGUGUGGGUAUGCGGAAUGCGACGAUAAAUUAUUUUCAACAAUACACAUUCGGUCCAUUUUCAUAUCAUCUUUCCAUAUUUAAUUGUUGUUGUUGUUUUUGUAUAGACGAUCAUUUAUUAUUGUCCGACGUUAAUAUGCAUACCAUGUAUAAUACUACGUCCUUGACCCGGAGACUUUAUACAACCGUUCCUGCUUAAUAGGUCGUCAAGUCGUCUAGUGUAAUUUUAAAACCAAAUAAUAACUGUAAAAUAUUACAGAAGAGGCGGGACAGUUCAUACCAAUUCAUAAUAAUAUUUCAAUUUUUUUUUCAUUGAAUGGUAAAAAUUAUUUAUAAUUUAAAUUUUAUAUAACUAGAAAUAAAAAUUAACUUCAUUUAGUAUAAAAACUAAACUACUUCUCUAUAAAACUCCAUAGAUGCCUAUUUAGACAUACAGUAUCUAACUAUGGGAAGCUGCCAAAAAAAUCAAAUAUCUACAAAAUCCCUUCAAUCCAAAAUUCUUUGUAUGAUCACAUAUGUCCCAAUGUAUUGUGCGUUUUAAAUCUCACUGAAGAAACUGCAAAUGUACAAUACAAACGUUUUCGCUCUCGACGAACAAACCAUCCAAAUACCUUAAUUUCGGCGUUGAAUUCAGACACCAUUCCUGGUAAUUCCCCUCGCAGGUUAAAGAAAAAAUGUUGUUGGGAUCAUAAUUUACUUCCACAUAAGAGCUUAUUGUAAUUACUGGUUUACAGGUCGUUUGUUUUAAAAUAUAGUUUAAAGAAAAAAAAAUUAACUUUUUAUUUAAUUUUUCGGUUUUAAUAUUAGAUCGAACUGACUUAAUAUGAAACAUUAUCUGUGUCUGUGCGUUUGUUUUUUCGGAAAUUUUAAUUUUUUAGCGAAGUACAUUCAUUUUUAAAUUGUAAUAUUUCAUAAAGUCGUGUCUUGCUUAAACAUUAAAAUAACUAACAAAAACCAAUGUGCAAACAUAGAGAAAUUUCUUUCCUCUAAAUUUUUUAAUAAGUAAUUCAAUAUAAUGUUAAAGCUAACCGCUCAAAAUUGAUGGGCGGUGAACGGAAAUUUGAUAUGUCAAGCGUUUGUAAGACGAAGAUAACAAAUGCAUGUGCAGCGUUCUAUUAAUAAUAUUGCGCAUUAAAAAUUUUAAUUAAACCUGAAAUUUCACUGUGGAUAUUAUGGACCAUAUUGCACAGGUGUCACCUUUAUAAACGCCACUAAUUAAUAACGUAAAACCCAAAAUGAUUGUAUUUAAAAUAUGACUAAAGUACUAAAUAUCAUAUUAAUACAAUGAUUUUUUUACGAUGUGAGAGUAUUAAAAAAAUUAUAAAACAAUACAUUCACAUACCUUUUUACAUAACGCGUGCAAAAUUUAAUCGUGUCGGGUAACGGACAACGUGAUACCUGACAAUAUGUAUACCGUACUGUUUAUUUUUAUUUAUUUAUUUUUUCUAUACAAAUGUUUUAUUAUAAUAAUAUAAAAAAAAACCUAUUCGCAGUCACAUUUUUUUACAAUUCAACGGCGUACCCAGGAUUUUUAAAUGGAAGAGGGGAUAUACACAUUGAAUUAAAUUUGUAUAUAAUAAUUAAAGCAACAUAUAUAUGUAAAAAAAUAAAAACAUUUAUUAAUUAGUUGUUUAUUAUGUUUGUAUCUAUACUAGAAAACAUAUAAUGGAUAAGCUCUUUGUAUUCUCUGUAACUAAUAUAUUUAGUCAACCUCGUCUUGCAGUAUAGUGUUCUAUAAUUUCUAAUUAUCCAUACUUAUAAAACAUUAAAUAAUACAUAAACGAGAUAGACAUACAAUUUACAUUAUCUAUAGGCGUCGUGAAUCGAUGACCAAUUAAUAUUUUUUAAAUGUCAACACCAUGAAUAGUUUUUAUAGGCGAUGGAAAAAAUGAUUUAGAAAAAAUAAUGAAAGUAGGUGUGUGUUGGUGCCUAAGUACUAGAAAUACUUGUCUAUUUUUUCAAAAUAUAUUUGAUUCAAAAAUACCAAACACAGUACAAGAACUCAAAUUGUGUUCGGCUUAAUAGUUCAUUAUUUUUAUCACGAUAAUAUUGUGGUGUACAAAUAAUUGAUCAGGAAUUCGUGGCCUUUGAUUUGGUGUGUAAAGUGCAGUCUUAAAACGCGAUAAAAUUAAUUUUCAUUCAGACUAUAAUAAUAAAAUAUGAUAACAUGUUCAAGCCGACCUUGGUCUGCUCCCUCUAAUGUUUACAUUUACAAUUUAAUGGCAUAGGGCUUUAUAUUAUAUUAUUUCGAUCUUUUGCAUUUAAAUUAUUGAUAAUUUUAAACAUGUCGUUUAUUGUAUACGGUAGAUAUUGAUAAUAAUUAAACAAAUUAUGGAAAAAAAAAAAAAAAAUCAUAACCGAUGUAUAAUGUAAUAAUAAUGUAUUAAUAAUAGUAUAAUGCUAUUUAAAAUCCAAUACUUAAAAUGCAAUGUUUGCAUAUUUGUUAAUAUUCGUUAAUAUGCAAACAUAUGUGUUUUUUGAAUGUUCUAACACCGUGGAAUAUCGUGAAAUUAUAUUACUCGGAUGUAUCUAAAUUGCACAAAUAUUAACAAACCGAAGCGUGAUUGGAAUUUAUUAUUGAUUCAAAUUAAAGAAAAAAAUCAUAAAAUGACGUAAUGAUAAGAUGUUAAAAAUAUCUAUAAUUAUAUACCUACUAAAUGUUCGAUUGCCGUGGAAUAGAUUUAAGUGACAAUUAGUGUUAGUCACCAUAAACCAUACAACCGAUGGAUUAUAUAUUUUUAAGUUUUUGUAAAUAGUGGUUUAUUGACAUACUGCGGUACAAAUGUUUAUUUUUUUUUUUUUUUGAAUUUCAGGCUACUACUACAAUGUUUCUAAAAUGGAUAUUUUCGUUCGUACUGAUAAUGGUGACGAUUACGACGGUGAUAGGAAUAAACGGUAGGUAACUAAUAAAAUACAUAUUAUCGUCAAAUUUAAUCCAGCGGUAAACGCAAAAAGAGUUUUGAUCGUUGAAACACCUUCCAAAUUAACAAUUAAGCUUUAAUUUGUAUUUAUAUUUUAAAUUAUUUAUUUAUUUAUUUAUUCAAAACGUUACAAUGAUCUAAUGUAAUAAAUAUAUUUUGCAAAACCCUCUAGACAUUUUUUUUUAUUUAUUUAUUUAUUUAAAAUUUGAUUCAUUUCAACCGAAAUUUGCAUAUUAUACAUAUUGUAUAAUUUAACACGUAUGCAGUGAAAGUGAUUAAAACAUUAAAUGAUCAAACAAGUAAUUCUCCGAGCAGGAAAGUUUUUUUGUGCCUCCGCUUUUUUUUUUUUUUUUUGUAGGUGUUUAAUAUUAUUGAUUAUAAUGAUUAUAAUAGAUAACUUAAAUCCAUAGGAUGCAACCGCUAUGAAGCGCUAGAAUCGUUGCCAAUGACCGUAACGCACACGACUUAAGUGCUUCCCAGCAACUGCAUCUUACAGAGGAUUGGCAAAUAUCAACAUUAGCUAUCUGUUUAUUCCAUGUACUCAAUCAGUGGUGUAUCCUAAAAAUGUAGUCGGCUAAAAUACACUUCUAGAGGCUCCAAAUAACUAAAGACAGCCCAAUUUAUGUCCAAAAUUAUGGUUAGUGUAGGGUUUUUAUUUCUGUAAUGAAGUAUUCAUUCGGUUUGGCAACCGAAAUUUACCCCAAAAUGAAGCGGCCAUAUAUUUAUUAUUAUUUUUUUUUAAAGUCGGGCUAAGGACCUGAACUUAACAUAGAGUACGGUUCCAUUGUAGUUAAUGAUAAUACAUAUGUAAUAUGUCGUUGUAUGUUGCAGCGGAGACGGUCUACGAUUGUUCACCCAGAAAGUUCACGUAUGGAACGGUGUGCGUGUGCAACGCCACUUACUGCGAUCGGACGCCGGAUCCGGAAGCGUUGUCGACCGGUAGAUACGUGCUGUACACGUCGUCGAACACCGGAAGCCGAUUUCACCGAUUCGACGGCAUGUACGUGCAGUCACUCGAUUCACAGUGGUCCGGUGACGAGAUCAACGUAGACGAGACGACCACGUACCAGACCAUGCACGGUUUUGGGGGAGCGUUUACGGAUUCGGCGGGCAUCAACAUCAUGUCGUUGAGUCCGGACGCCCAAAAAAACCUUAUCAAGUACGUAUACCGUUGUACUUGUGUUCGGUUCGGUUAGGCUAGAUUCAGAAAGUUAUUUUUUUCGUAUUUAUAGUAGUUUUAGAUUCUGUGCGUUGCAUAUAACGAAAAAUCUGUUCGCUUUAAAAGUAUUCGGUUUUUUUUUAAUCGACACUUUUACAAUUAUAGUAAAACAUUUUUUAAAUUUCCAAUACUAUUUUCUAAAGAAAUUAUUUAUGUGUUUGUUUUGUUUUUAUAUAGGUAAGGUUAUGUUAGGUUUUCACGGGGCACUUCAAAAGAUACACAAUUUCUGUCUAAUGUGGUACUUUAUUUGAAAUAACAUUUACUGAAAUUGUUAACAGUUCAUUCCCUAGAUUAUUCUUUUUUUUUUUUGAUUUUCCGAUGAGUUCUUGAUUAUCUUGGUAACAAUGCUCAGAAUCAUUUUUUCGUCUGCAAUGAUUAAUCGUUGCGUAACUCAGCCUAUUUAUUUUGUGUUUCUAAUUACCACCAGUAGCAAGCUUUAUCUAAACCGUCUACAAACGUUCGCAGGUCUUACUUCGCCGAUGACGGCAUCAAGUACAACAUCGGGCGAGUGCCGAUUGGAGGUACAGAUUUCUCGACGCGAAAGUAUACGUAUGCUGACUCAGGAGCUCCGGACUUAAAAGACUUCGGACUAGCCAUCGAAGACGAGAAAUACAAGGUUAGCUGCUCGAUUUUAUUAUUGUAAGUAAAUCGUAACUCGUGCGACUCCACAAUCACCGUCGGCGUGGAAUGCGGUAAAAAAAAAAAAUCGUUAUAAAAAUGGUCACUAAAAACGUCUUUAGUAAAAACGGUUUGGCUGAUUUAUUGACUCUUUACAAAUCGGCCGUAUUUUGUUUCAUGAACAAUAAUACAGGGCGAUCAAUCCUCGACAAGAUACUCAUUAUCUCGGGAAAGUAUUAACAUUUUUCAGAUUAUGAAACAAGCAAUUCUAAAAUGUUACAUGACACCGGAAUCGCAUAUGUCAUAUUCAUGACAAUAAAUCAACAUUCAAGAUCUUCAUAAAUAGAUGAAGUUUUAUUUUAGGUUGUUAUUUACAAAUUAAAAGCGGGCAGUGGUUUCGCCCCGAAAUAUAAAGGUGUAAUAUAAUAUUAGUAGAGCUGUUUGUUUUAAAAAUUGUCUAAAAACGAAAUUCCGAAAAAAGUUAAUACUGUCCGAGGUGAUGAGCGUUUUUUCGAGAAUCGGUCGUCUUGUAUAAUAUAGUAUCUUGUAUAAUUUUACAUGAUAUCACGUGUGCGUGUGUUUAUGUAUCUAUUUAAAAUUUGUCCACACGCAGAUACCAUUGAUAAAGACCGCCAUGGAGAUGUCGUCUCAAGAGGUCAAGUUGAUCGGUUCGGCGUGGUCGGCUCCGCCGUGGAUGAAGACCAACAACGAUUACAGUGGCAUUGGUUUUCUUAGGCCGUCGUUUAUGGAAAUGUGGGCCGAAUACCAUUUAAAGUGAGUGAAUCAUUAGUUUAUCCUGUCGCAACGUUUGUAAUGUAUAAUAUUAUACAUUAUGUACAGGGUAUUCAUUUGCUAAUUCCAUUCCGAGAUGGAAAUUAUUCAUUAGAACUUUAUAUAAUUCAUCUAUCUAGUUUUACAUGGGCCGAUGCUGCUUGUAUGCGAUUUUCAAUAUUUAGUUAAACAUAUAUUUACAACAAUAUAGCGAACAGAUUUAAAUUUAAAAAAAAAAAAAAAAAAAACUGUUAUAACUGUAAUAAUUUUACACAGUGAUCAAUCCUCGAUAAGACAUUCUUUAUUUUAUUAUGUAUUAAAUUAUUAAGUAUUAGUUUUAACGUAAUUUUGUUUUGGAUAAUUUUAGAAACAAAGAACCCGUUAUGUUACAUUAUUUAGAAACGAACAUCAACUUUUAAUUUUCAAAUAGCAAUCUAUGUUGAAAAUUACACGGACAGAUGGAUUUUUAGUUUAAAAAUACAUUUUGGUGUUGAUAUUUUUAACUUCCGUCAAUACGCUUUUAACUUUUGGUAGGAACGAGUGGUGGAGCAUUAUUUAUGUAGCGACUCAGCUCACGGCAUUUGAAUAGUGCUCUUCUACUCUUCCUCUUUCUCUUUUCCUCUUUCUCUCUCCCUAUUCAAACUUAAAGGCAUAAUAUUUAGCCAGACUGAUGGAAAUUAAAAAUGUAAAUAUAUAUAAUUAUAAUAUAAUUUUUUAUGAAAAUGAGCUACUCGGAUAGUCUUUUUAUUUUGCAUUUCCCCUAUCUCUCCACUUUUUCGAUAGAUUUUAGUGCAUACCAAUACGGAAACCUGAAUGUGUAACUAGGUGCCUAUAUUAUAUCAGACAUCGGUUUUAAAUUCCGUAGGUUUUUGGACGCGUACCGGGAGAAGAACCUGAAAUUUUGGGCACUCACCACGGGCAACGAACCGAUCAACGGCAUAGUGCCGGUGAACCGGUUCAAUUCGAUGGGUUGGACGCCAAUGUCACACCGCGAGUGGAUCGGCCGUUUUAUGGGACCCCAAUUGAGGGGUUCCGACUACAACGAUACGCUGCUGUUAGCCAUUGACGACCAGAGGAUCGUGUUGCCCUGGUGGAUGAAAAUGGUACGAAAUCGUUAUCACCAGUUCAUUAUAAAAUGUAUAGUGUCAUUAAGUUUUGGAAAAAUUAUUAGUUUCAAGACAUUUCCGAGGAGAUUUUCUUAUACAGUUUUCGACAGCCAAAGAUUUUUUUAAUACAGCUUAUAUUGUCUUCUAUAAGAAAAAAAUGGAAACAUGCAAUAAAUUUGGAACAGUUUUGUAUAUUAUUUUAGGCAAAGACCAUUUGUAUGGCUUUUUUUUUUUAUCAAAACAAAACUAAUAUAAUAUAAAAAGUAGGUAUCGAAAAAUAUCAAAACGGUCAUUAUUUAUUGGACAUGUUUAUUUCAAAAAAUUCAAUCAGUUAUCACCAUUAAUUAUAUGGUUUAAACGACAACAUUUCAAAUUCACAACGCAACAUUAAACUUAACCUGACCUUUUAUAAAUUUAAUUUUAUAGUUGACUAUACAAUGUGCCAAUGUAGUAGUAUUAUUGUUAACAUAGCCUGUAACCAAAUCGAUCUAUUUUUAGAAAAUCAACGUUUCAAUAUUAUAAUUUUGAUCCCAAAGAAGAAGGGCUCAAGUCAAUUGUGUAUAAAACAAAUAGGGAAAAAUCACAGAGAUUACGGGGUUCUGGAUAAUUACGUAUGCAAAUUUAAAAAAAAAAUAAAUUGACUUAGAAACCAAUAAUGUAAUAUAUUAUGCAGUGUAUGUACAAUAUUAAACGGUUUCGAUUAUAAAGUUUCAAAAGAAAUAUAAUACAUAAUCGAUUUUAAUAAUAAAUCGAAACGAAAUUUGUGUGAACAGCUCAUGAGCGACAAAGAGUGCGCAAAGUACAUUGAUGGCGUCGCAAUACACUGGUAUUUGGACUUUAUCGUCCCGGUGAAGGUAUUGAACGAGGUGCACAAAGAAUUCGGCGACAAAAUCAUCAUCAAUACCGAAGCGUCGCAAGGUAACAAUGAUAUGACAUUACGGUCAUGUUUGUAGCUUGAACACCAACACACCCCCUUCACUACGCCACUGUGGCAUUAUAUAUAUACGCGAUUAUUAAUAGUACCUGUACAAAAAUUCGAUUUAUUUCUACAGGAGAUAAACCGUGGGACUUUGUUAAAGUGCAAUUGGGUAGCUGGACCAGAGCCGAAAACUAUGUCAACGAUAUCAUUGACGUAAUUAUAUACACGUUUUUGUUUUAAUAUUAAUAUUAGUUCGACAAACAGUCGAAAAUGUCGAGUAUUUGGCCAAAACAAAAAUAAAAGCAAAUAUUUCAUUUACACAAAUAUGAAAAUCAUGUUUUGGUCAAUUCUUGCAUAAAACCUUACGCGUCUUGCAUACGAAAUUAGUAUAAUCAAUUUAAUCGGAAUGUAAAUUAUCAGGACUUAAACCAUUGGGUACAAGGCUGGGUGGAGUGGAAUUUGGCUUUGGACAAGACCGGCGGCCCGACGUGGGUGUCGAAUUUCAUCGACUCUCCUAUUAUCGUCGACAAAACCGCCGACGAAUUCUACAAGCAGCCGAUGUUCUACGCGAUCGGACAUUUUUCGAAAUUCAUAUCCAGAGGCUCCGUGCGAAUAAAGUUGACCCAGUCGUCCGUCGUCAAGUCUGUGGGCUUCAAACGGCCCGACGGAGCCAUAGUGAUCGUACUCUAUAACAGGUGAUACGACGAUUAAACAUAAUGUUUUUUUCAAAUUCCGAUCAUUACAUAAAGGGUUUUGUGUAAUAACGACAGUCAGCUUCGAAUUUUCGACGAAUCCGUGCUUUGGUUAUUUUUAAAAAUAAAAAUUAUUUAAUUAUAUUUAAUUACCUGUGCAACGACGAGGAAAAUUCCGCUUAUGGAAGUUAUAACAGAACUAACGAAACGCCUGAGCUACCAUUGAUGUACUUAAUAAUCGUAUGACGAAAACAGUAACUAUUGUAAAACUUAUGUUUUAUUUCAUGAAAAGAUUUGUAAAGUGGAGCUCUCUGCAGUUAUUGCACAAAGCCUUUGAAAUUGUUGAUGUGUGUUUUUACGUGUAUUUAUUUUUUUGUUGAUUCAGAAGGAACAAACCGCUUAACGUUGCCAUUAAAGAUCCCAAACGAGGUGUUAUCGGUCUCGUUUUACAAAAACAAUCCGUAAACACGUUGCUUUACUGGUGAAGACGACGCAAUUAUUACUAAUUUUUUCAUUACCUAUAAUUUUUAUACAUUAUUUAUUAUAAUUUAUUUUUACUAUUUUUGUUUUUUUUUUUUAUUUUUAUUAGUUUUAUUACAAUAAUUUUUUUUUUACACGAAUAAAAUGACUUUUAUAUUAUUGUUUUGUAUUUUUUCGCCUCCAAGGUUAUCUGAGGAAUGUCAGAAAAUGUUCGGUCAAUAGAAUUUUUAGUGUCUAUGCUACCGCUGAACAUUGAACAAGUUAAUAAUUAAUAUUUACCCAGUUAAGAUAAGUCAUUCUAAAAUAAAUCAACAAGUUAAAAAUUUUCAUCGAAUUUAAUCGAUAUUAAUCUACUAAAUUAAGUUAGUUUUUUUUUUUUUUUUUUUUUUUGUGAAACCUGGAAUUUUUUAAUUAAACUGGGAGCAUUUUUUCGAAAAUGAUAAAAAUCAAUGUUAAACAUAUUAUUCCGGAAAUAUCAAAUCGUCUUUACCUAUACAAAUCUAAACUAAACACAAAAUUAGCUUAACACGAUUUAAUUCAAAUUCGAUUAAUUAAUUUUUAUAAAAAAGAAAAUUAAACAAAAGUUCAGGUAAUAAAACAAUUAAUUUAGCUAUUAAAUUUUUAACUUGUCAAUGACCAGCCUGUGGAACCUAUUUAAUGUAAUUGUAUAUCUGAUGUAAAUCUCAAAAUAUAAAUGAUGCACGAAUUAAUACUCGCGUGAAAUUACAGUGUCUAUAUCAGUGGUUUUCAAACUUUUUUAAUACGGCAACCGUGCGCUAGCUCUCCACAAAUUUCUCACUGCACAUGUGUCUCAGUUAUGGAUAUUUUUUCAUUUAUUUUUUGUUUUUUUGUUAGGUAAUUAUUUAAUUUUUAUUCCAAAUUAGAUUAAUAAAAUUUCACUAUAUUAUACAUAUUAUAUUUAUUAUACAAUUAAAUGCUAAUUUUUGAAAAAAUAAUAUAUUAUUGGCUAUAUAUUUUUGACAAAUUUUUAACUACUAGUAUAUUGCAAAUAUAUUACCUUAAAGAUAUUUCCGGUUUAAUUAACUCGGUUCAAUCAAGUUAAUAAAUAUUUUGUGGGAAGUAUAACACUACAAUAUGGAUCCCUGCAUAUGCAUAUUAAUUCAUAUUCAAAUUGAAGGACUCGGUGCAACAACAAAACAAAUCCAUUUUUCGAAAUUAUUUUGGGAGAAAUCGAACAAACAAUACGUUUGUACGGGGUAAAAUACAGUUGAACCAGACAAGUGAUUUACACUGUUUCCUGGAUAUCUAUAGAAGACUAUAGUGCAUUACUCUUGUAUUAAAUUAUGCAGCAUUUAUUGCUCAACUUGAAUCCAUGAAAAAGUCAUUUUUGACUUUUCUUGUAGUUGCGUUGAACCCUUUAAUUUUGACUAGAUUUCUCGAUUUUUGAAAAUGUCUAUAGAUAACAAAUAUAGGUGACCAGCAGCUAUAAUGCAAUUAUUCGAGCAUACGAACAUUAUCAUGCACGCGUAAAAAUGAGGAAAUAAAAAAAUAAACAAAAUAUAACGGACGAGACAGUUUUAUUUGGCGAUGUCAAUACAUGAUAAUAUAAUCGUUAUUAAUUAAUAAUUAUUAUUACAUCAUGCAUUGUAUGGGCUAUGGCGUUUUUAAGUUUGCAAUGUAACAUAAGUACUACAUAAGUUAACAGGUCU